AGCAGUAAACACACACCCCCAUCCAGCUGGUGACGCUGUUCUGGGUUUCUGGGUUCGUCGCCACUAGAACCAAUGAGUUUUGUAAGAUUAAUUGACUUGAACACGGAAGUAGGAUUGGGAAUGAGUUUGUUUUGAUUUGGAACAUUCUUUUUUUGUGGAGUAAAAUAUAGACCACUGAAUUUAGGACGUGUCGGGGGCUCUUUGAUACCAAAGACUCCAUAUUCACUCCUUGCUGUGUGAAAAGUGAAUGUGAUCAGGAGGACCCAUGUCAAGAAACCAUACUAUCUAAAUAACCAAAUACUGAAUCCACUGAAAAUGUCUAAACUACAGUCGUUGUGUGUGUUUUUAAAUGAGCGUUUAAUGGCGGCUGUUGUAGAGAUAUUCGGGGCAGUUGAGAAAACGGUAGUGGAGUACCAGGAGGAGAAUGAUCGGCUACGGAGACUGCUGCGGAGGACACCGGAGAUACAACUAUGUAGAAUAGAAUCCCUGCAGCUCUCUGUCUCUGAAGAGGAGGUUCCCCCUGAGCAGCAGCACUGUGAGCAGGAAUGGAGCCCCAGUCUGGGGCAGGAGGACCCAGAGACCAAACAGAUUAAAGAGGAACAGGAGGAAGUCAGGACCAGUCAGGAGGAAGAGCAGCUUCAAGGGGUGGAGCCUAAUAUCAUAGAGUUCCAAUUUACUCCUUCCUGUGUGAAAAGUGAAUGUGAUCAGGAGGACCCACUUCAGUCCUUGACUCUUCCCCAAACCCAGACUGUGGAGAACAGAGAGAGAGACUCUAAACCAGUGGAUCUCAAACCUUUUGGCACUGUGACCCACAUUAAGGGUCUCAACAUUCCCUGUGACCCUCCAGAUAAUCAAAACAAUGCCUACAGACACAGUUCAGCUGUAAGCAGCUACACAGUAGGACUUGACAGCAGCCCACCAUUGGAUCCCAGUCCACCAUUGGAUCCCAGUCCACCAUUGGAUCCCAGCCCACCAUUGGAUCCCAGUCCACCAUUGGAUCCCAGUCCACCAUUGGAUCCCAGUCCACCAUUGGAUCCCAACUCACCAAUGGGGGAACACUGUUCCAAACCCAGCACCACGCCUAGAAAAACUAGCCACUUUCGUGACUGUGGUGAAACAUUUGCUCUGAAAGCUGACCUGCAGAGACAUAUGACUCUCACCAAGAAGAGACUCAGUGAAUGCAGCUUCGGCAAUAAACACUACAACUCCACCUGUAAACUGAAGGCCCAUGUCAGGCUCUGUCACGGUGGUAAACCCUGCACCUGCCCUGUUUGUGGAAAGACCUUCAAAUACAAAGGAGAUCUGUCCAGGCACAUGAGUAUUCACACAGGAGAGAAACCAUUUGUCUGUGGUGACUGUGGGAAAAGCUUCAGUCAGAAGGGAAACCUGAACUUGCACAAACUGACUCACACAGGAGAGAAACCAUUUAGCUGUGUUGACUGUGGGAAAAGCUUCUAUCAGAAGGGAGACCUAAGGAAACAUAUAUUGACUCACACACAACAGAAACCAUUUAGCUGUGGUAUCUGUGGGAAAAGCUUCUAUCAGAAGGGGAACCUUACAGAUCAUAUACGGACUCACACAGGAGAGAAACCAUUUAGCUGUGGUGACUGUGGGAAAAGCUUCAAUUUGAAGGGCAACCUAAGGAAGCAUAAACUGACUCACACAGGAGAGAAACCAUUUAGCUGUGGAGACUGUGAGAAAAGCUUCACUCAAAAGUCUAACCUGCUGACGCAUGUGAAAAACAUCCACAAAGGAGGAAAACAGGAUGAAAAUUAGGACAAAGAUCUUCUGUCGGAAGAUGGGAAUUAAAAGGCAGGAUGUGGACAACAAAAGCAAAGCAACUCUGGAUCAUUCAUGAUGUGGGAUUCAGAUAAAUACAUGUGUGGUGAACAGACUUUUGUAAAGCUUUCUAUGUAAAUAAAGUUUGAUUUGAUUUCAAUGAUGAUGUAACAAUCCAACAGUUCAGAGUUUACUAUUUGCAAGUGAGGUGGUCCUCCCCUAAUCUUUUGCUUCGGCCUGAUGAUUAUAUCAGCACAUUUUGUGAACAUGUGGUCAUUUAAAAUGUGUAUACAAUUAUCUUUGUUUUUGUGGAUAAAUUUACUCCUGACAGAUAUCUUUUCUAAAUGUACUGAGAGAAUGGUCUGACUUGAGGUUUUCGAUAUAUUAAAACAUGUUUACUUUACAGAAAAUGUUUUUCUCAUCCAU